UGAGCGUAUCACCUGGAGAAUAAAACAAAAAAUGACCUUCGGUCAGCAGCUUUAAAGAAACACGGAAUAAGUCGACAAUACAAAGGAGAGCUUUAUCAAAAUACCCGAGGUCCCUCCUCCCGGGCAGAGGAUGGGAACAGCAGAAGCCACUUUACGCAUGGACAGCAUGGAGGUGAAGGACGAGUGGCAGGACGAGGACUUCCCCAGGCCACUUCCAGAGGAUGGAGAUGCUGACUCAUGUGUCCUGACAGACAACAGAACCACUACUCCCACCAGUCUAAAUGUCAGGGACUCCAUAGACCAGAGAAAGAGACGCACACUGGUUGCCCCGGACAUGAACCUGUCUCUGGAUCGGAGCGAGGGCUCUGUGCUCUCCGACGACUUCCUGGAGACACCGGACGACCUAGACAUCAAUGUUGACGACAUCGAGACUCCUGAUGACACCGACUCACUCGAAUUCAUGAACAAUGGCACCGAGCUGGAGUGGGAAGACGACACUCCUGUCGCCACAGCCAAGCGUUUUCCAGGCGACAGUGAAGAGGUGAGAGACUCAUCUGGACGUCUGUGGCGAACGGUGAUUAUCGGCGAUCAGGAGCAGCGGAUCGACAUGCAGAUCAUCAGACCUUACCUGCGGGUUGUUACGCAUGGAGGUUAUUAUGGUGAGGGUUUGAAUGCCAUCAUCGUGUUUGCGGCCUGCUAUCUCCCCGACAGCAGCUGUGACGACUACGCCUACAUCAUGGAGAAUCUGUUUCUGUACGUCGUGAGCAGCCUGGAGCUGCUGGUGGCGGAAGAUUACAUGAUCGUUUACCUGAACGGAGCGACUCCUCGCAGGAAGAUGCCUGGAAUCAGCUGGCUAAAGAGAUGCUACCAGAUGAUUGACAGAAAACUGAGAAAAAAUCUGAAGUGUCUCAUCAUUGUUCACCCAACAUGGUUUAUCCGGACUGUCCUGGCCAUCUCAAGACCUUUCAUCAGUGUGAAGUUCAUGAAUAAGAUCCGAUACGUUCACACCCUGGAGGAACUGAGCCACAUAAUCCCCAUGGAGCAUGUUCAGAUCCCUGAAUGUGUGCUGCAGUAUGAUGAUGAGAAAAUAAAAGCACAGAAAGAAAGAAUAGAGCACGAGAAGCAACAAACCAACACGAUACUCUCUAAAGAAAGGUCAAAAUCAAUGAAGGCAGAAGUUGGUCAUGACAUCUGACGUUCAGAACAUUCUGAUGAGCUGGAGAUGGUUUACGAAUAGGAAGCAGCAUCUCAAGCUUCUGGCACCAGAUUUAAACCACCUGAACGGAUGUAGUUAUUAGUGCA